AUGAGUGGUAGCAGUAGCAUGAAGGGAAUUGAUAAAGUUAUUGACGUGGCGAGCGAAAAUCAAGCGAAGAGAAAUGCUGAGAAAAUCAAGCCAAUCGUGGAGAGUGUCCUUUUUUGUGGAAGACAAGGUAUAGCUCUAAGAGGUCACCGCGAUCAUGGUGAGUUUGAUUUGAAUUGCGCGCCUGUUGAAAAUGAAGGAAAUUUGCGCGCACUGCUACGGUUACGUGUUCAAGCUAAUGAUAAAAACAUCAUUGAACAUUUUCAAAACUGCGGAAAAAAUGCAACCUAUAUUAGUUGGAAGAUCCAAAAUGAAAUACUAGCGGCUUCACAUCGUGUGAUUAAGGAGAAAAUAAUCGCUGAAGUUAAAGAUGCAAAGUUUUUUAGUAUCUUAGCGGACGAAACUUCUGAUGUCUCGACGAUGGAGCAGUUCUCUCUCUGCUUGCGUUAUCUGAAGCGAGAUGCGGAAAGCAAGUAUACAAUAUGUGAGAAGUUUUUAGAAUUUGUUCCUGUUACUUCUACAACCGGCGAAGCUUUAGCAAAUACAAUUGAAACUGUGCUUCGAGAGAAUAAUCUAGACAUUGAGAAUCUGAGAGGGCAAGGCUAUGAUGGAGCUGCAUCAAUGAGUGGCAGUUUCAAAGGUACUCAAGCUAGGAUCGCUGCGAAAUUCCCGAAAGCUCUGUACGUACAUUGUGCUUCCCACAGUCUCAAUUUGGCACUGAGUAAUUCAUCGGGCAUUAGACAAAUUAAAAAUUGUUUCGGCAUAAUCGAGAAGUUGGCGGUUUUUUUCAAUACUCCGAAACGGGAAGCAGUAUUAAAAAAACAGAUUAACGCUCACGCUCCUGAGUCCACACGACAAAAAUUGAUGAAGCUGUGUGUUACAAGAUGGGUCGAACGCCAUGAUUCUGUGAUGGUAACCGGGGACUUACUAAUACCAGCAGCAGCAGCGUUAGAAGAAAUCGGUGAAUGGGAUGACCGGGAUUCAUCGUCGCAAGCUAACAUUCUUCUCAACGCUAUCAGACAGCCUGAGUUUCUGAUCGCUUUAUCAACUUCUGAAAAAUUGCUUAGCUAUACAUUAAUUUUGAGUAAGCAACUCCAAACAAUUGAUUCUGAUUUAGUGUCUGUGAUUGAUCAUGCCGAAAAUGCUCUUGCGCAAAUUCAAUCAUUGAGACAAAACGCAGAAGAAGAUUUUCAUGAAAUAUUUGAGGCCGCUAGUGAGAAAGCAGCCUUUCUGGGUACUGAGAUAAAAAUUCCAAGAAGAGUUGGAAAACAAGUUCAUCGCGAUAAUACACCAGCGGGCGAUGUAGAAGAAUAUUUCCGAAGAACUGUUUUCAUACCCUUUGCAGAGAGUCUAUCGGGUAGUAUCGAACAGCGUCUAAUGAAACAUCAAGAAAUAUUGAAGAGUUUCGUUUGCCUUCUUCCCAAAUAUUAUCAACAAGAGGUGGCGAAGUCCAAAACAAAACGUGAAAUUGAAAAGGAGCUAGAAAUAGGAAUAAAAAAAUUGGCUACUACAUAUGAAAGUGACGUUGGAGCAAGUAACAUCCACGUCCUUACGAGCGAACUCAAAUUAUGGCAUUCGAGUUUUAAAGGAUCCGAAAAUCUGCCACGGACUGCAGUUGAUUGUCUGAAUCAGUGUAAAGAGAGCGUAUACCCGAAUGUAUGUACAUUGUUGAAAAUUUUUGCUACUCUACCAGUGACCACCUGUACUGCUGAACGCUCGUUUUCAACGCUACGUCGAUUAAAGACUUACCUUCGUAACACGAUGACUGAAAUUCGACUGAAUGGGCUAGCUAGUCUCAACAUCCAUCGUGAGAUUCCUGUGAACUUCGCGGAAAUUCUAGCUAUUUUGAAAGAAUCCCCAAGGAGACUUGAGUUUGUUAUUUAG